GCAUUUUCGGAUAAUACCCAUCAUCACUUCAAAAAAUUACCAUUUCCUCCCUGAAUCAAACAUGAUCCACGAAGCAUAAACCCUAGAAAUCAGAGAAGAAGCUCACUCCAGUGAAGCUCAUCAAUGGCGUCUCAGAUAGCAAUCCUCACACGAACAAAAGCUCUAAUAAAAACCCUCAAUCACAACCCAAUCAAAUCCAUCUCCACCUUUACUUUCCUCUCUCAAGAACCAGAACUCGCCACCUAUCCAACCCACUCGGAUCCCAAUCCCACCACCGUCACUCCUCUCCCUCCAAAUCCAGCCUCCGGCAGCCCACUGUACCAUGAAAAUUGGCGUAACCCUACCCUAAUGCAAAAUCCUGAUGCAUUAAUCCCAUUCGGUAUUCUCCACCAGCCACCAACAGCUCGAUUCCAAUCAAUGUCACAAACCCUGGACUUGAAUUCUUUAUUAAACCUGUUUGCCGAUUGGAUGACGUCUCAGCGUUGGUCUGAUAUGAAGCAGUUGUUUGAGUUUUGGAUAAGAUCGCUUGAUCAGAAUGGGAAACCUAACAAACCUGAUGUUAAUUUGUUUAAUCAUUAUUUAAGGGCUAAUUUAAUGACGAAUGCUACUGCCGUUGAUUUGCUUGAUUUACUUGCUCAAAUGGAGGACUAUGCUGUUUUGCCUAAUACAGCUUCCUUUAACUUGGUUCUUAAAGCCAUGUUUCAAGCUAGAGAAACUGCAGCCGCUGAGAAGUUGCUUCAAAGGAUGGAGCUGACAGGGAAUGAAUCUCAGCCUGAUGAUGAGUCUUAUGAUUUGGUUAUCGGUAUGUUGUUUUCAACGAAUCAAAUUGAUGCUGCUUUGAAAUAUAUUGAUAAGACUCUGAAGAAUGGGCAUACGUUAUCAAUGAGAGUAUUUACUGAAUGUGUGAAGAGUUGUGUUAACAAAGGUAGACUGGAUACAUUGGUGUCAAUUAUUGAGAAAUGCAAGAAAGUGGAUCAGAACAAAGCUCUCUCUCCAACUUGGAACAUGUGCUAUUAUAUUGCUGAAGUUGCAAUGCAAGAGGAUAAUAGCAAGUUAGCUUAUUACGCACUAGAAUUUAUGGCGAAAUGGAUUGCACGGGGUGAGAAUGCCAGGCCUGCUAUUCUACUUUCUGUAGAUGAAGGACUGGUUGUGUCGGCGCUGGGAACUGCUGGCAGGACCUACAGCUCUACUCUCUUGGAUGCAUCAUGGGCAAUUCUCCGCCGUUCAUUACGUGAUAAGAAGGCUCCUAGUCCGGAAUCUUAUCUUGGGAGAAUAUAUGCUUGUGCAUCAUUGGGGAACCUACAGAAGGCUUUUACCACUCUGCGCGAAUAUGAGUCCGCUUAUGACAGUUCUGAAAAAGAAGCAGAAGAAGAACUGUUCUCUCCAUUUACUUCUUUAAAUCCAUUGGUUGUGGCAUGCUCCAAGAAGGGUUUUGAGACUUUGGAUACGGUAUACUUUCAGCUGGAAAAUCUGAGUCGUGCAGAGCGACCGUACAAGUCUGUUGCUGCUCUUAAUUGUAUAAUUUUAGGUUGUGCAAAUAUAUGGGACAUUGACCGGGCCUACCAAACUUUUGAGGCAAUUGGGUCUUCUUUUGAGUUGACCCCAAAUAUUCAUUCGUACAAUGCUCUAAUCUAUGCCUUUGGAAGGCUCAAGAAGACAUUUGAGGCCGCAAGGGUGUUUGAACACUUGGUAAGCCUGGGGAUCAAACCCAAUGCUACAACGUAUUUAUUGCUUGUUGAUGCUCAUCUCAUCAACCGAGAUGUGAAAACUGCUCUCUCUGUGAUUGAGGAGAUGAUGUCUGCGGGAUUUACCCCCUCAAAGGAGACAUUGAAGAAGGUUAGAAGGCGCUGUGUCCGUGAGAUGGACUAUGACAGUGAUGAUCGUGUGGGCUCGGUGGCUAAAAAUUGUAAAAUUCGAAUGGGUACAGAGAAUCGCAGGGAAAUACUGUUCAAUCUUGAGUACAGCACUGAUUAUGCAGUAUAGGUCGCUUACCGUUCUUCUUGGCAAUCUCAGUUUGGGCAAUUCACAUAUUACUGUGCUCCAUUCUAGAACAGAAAAGCCAUUCAUGCUUGUAAUUACUUGGCUGUACCCAAUUUUGGAUUUUUGCAGCAUGAGUCGCAGGAUCAUGACCUCCUGUAGCCAUAUGUUUCUUUCACAUAAAAAUUGUUUUGAUGAAAACUGUAAGGGUAUUAAAUGUUGAUCAGAAACAAAUUCUGAUAGUGACAAAUAAAUGUAGGACAAUCUUGGUUAUUUUAUUAGGGUAGAAAUUUUCUGUUAGGUGGCUUAGAUGUGUCGACUCUCACUCUCACUCACUCUUACUCUCCUUCUCAUGUGGAAUAUUUCUGCUCCCUGUAAAUGUUAUAUGGAAAUUAAUUUUGGUUUCCAAGGAAUUUGUUUUGGAUAUUUGUUAGUUUCUCUGAA